AUGGAUUACCGGUCUGCUGGCACCAGGUGCGAGGAUGAUUCCCUGGAGAACGAGAAAGGAAUCGGUGCGGUAAGGGCUGCAUCAUCCUUCUAUCUGUUUCCCAUCGAUCAUCGUCUGAACCGUAGCUUUCACGCUACAUCAGCACCGAAACAUCGUGACCCAACGCUUCUUUUUGCGCGAUUCGAAUAUUCGCUUCCUUAUUAUCCCUCUGUGACCGCUUUUCCUUUUGCCGGCUGUUACUUACGAAUGCUACAUCAUUCACAUCGUGAAUCGCUUCUCGAUCAAUCUUCCGUAGAAUUUAGGUUCUUCCCUCUUGCUGCAGUGAUAUUUCGGUGAUACGAAGAACACUGGUGUCAUUUGUGACGACACAUUGCGAGAUCCAUGCGCAUGCCAAAACAAUAUGACAAAUGGCAAGUAACCGCUCAGUCGAUGCGGAGUCGGUUUGUAAAGAAUUUUCACGUGAACGACAUCACGUGUCGACAUUUCUUACACGGACAAAACGACCCUUAAUUUAACGACGAUGUAGUCACUUGACCGAGUGUAACACUCGUUUAAUUAAUUACAUAAGAAAUUUCCUUACGAUCGUCGAGUGUAUUUGAUUCGAGCUUUCUCGAUGCGCGGAAAAAAUUGAACGUCGACGUCAUAUGCUUAUUUCCCUACAAUUAGGAGAAAUUUAGACUCUGCGACUCAAUGUAGAACAAUAAUAAUACGAAAUGUGAAGAGAAGUUCGUUUGAUUUUCGGGACGCAGUUGCUCUAUUUCUGGAGUUUAAAUCGGGUUACCUCGUGUUUUCGAACUUUUAGUUUCUCUGCGACAUUACCUGGCGCAGUGUGAUCAUCAAUAUAUCGUAGCAUCGCUGUACAUACAUUAGUUCAUUAAUUUUUUAACGUUUCACGCACUUGUCUGUCGUGAUUUAUUUCUUUAUUGCUGGUGUGUUUAGUUAUCAAAUUGUGAAUCAUUAUUUUUAGAAAGGAAGUACGCAUCACGCGUAUUUACGUAGUUAUCAAAUUGUGAAUCACUUUUAAAAAAGGAAAUACAUCACGCGUUUUAUAUCUGAUUGCAAUUUUAUAUUGAUUACAGUUACAAAUUUUAUCAAAAUGUAUACUUAUAGGAAAGUAGAAAGUAUUGUACAAUUCGAGAUUGAACGUGUGAUUGACAAAUGCAUAUUCAAUUUGAAAAUGAGAAUGGCAACUUGCUUGACGUAAAUUGAAGUAUUCUGCAAGUAAGGAAUUUCGUUCUUACAAAUCCUGAUAUAUAUAUGUCGUAUUUGUGUUUCCAUUAUUUUUUUGUUAAUAAAAAGAAUUGAUAAUACAAAACAUUGCGAUACCAAGGGGACAGAGAUCUUAUCUUAAGAGAAUGUAUGUUUUAUAAAUAAAAGAGAAAUGUAAAAUUGAAACUUCCUUGUUUAUUCAUUUUUAAAAUUUUAUAUGCAUUUUAGUGUACGAUUAAUGUAUCGCCAGUACAGGUGUUUAAACGAAUGAAAAUUAUUCCGAAGCAAUCGUUCGAUGCAAGCGAACUUACCUUCCACCAGAAUAUCUGAAACGAAAAUAUUGGGAUUUUCAACUAGAAGAUUAUUUCACAAAGUGAAAAUUACUAUCGAUUAACGUUGACCAAUCUUUCGUAUUGUAUAUCCUACUUACUUAAAAUAGAAAUUCUAACUAUCAAUCCAUCCUUCACUUUUGCUGUUCACAUAUUUCUUUGUACCUUUGUUACAUUUAUCACGUUUGUUACGUAACGUAAUGUAUGCAACAGCGAAAGAUAAUAAUCAUUGGAAAGCCAAGUCGUCACUUGACCUCGGGCCUGAAGAUGAAUUCGUAAUCGUGCGUAUUUUGCAUUAUCUAAUAUCGUAACGUAGUAAGUAAGUAGCUAUUUUCUCGCGAGGCUGUAACAAGCAAAAAUAACGUGGUGUAAACAGCUGCGUAAAAAGGCGUCCGUUUUAUCGAUCUCUAAACCUCUCCCGGAGAGAGAAAGUAGCUAAAGAGUAUCUAUAGACGCGUUGCCGAAAGAUUCUCCAGAUUCUUGACGUUCUUACUCUCGAGUACUUUUCUCUGCUGAUGUUUCAGAACGAGCAUAAGGGCGCGUCGAAGCGUGGCAGCUCGCACACGCGUGGCACGGCAAUGUCCUUCGGUUUUCGACGAAGACCAGGCUCCGGGAUACCGAUGCCGAUAACCAACUAUACCACCGAGUCGAGCCUCCUCCAUCCACGAUCGAAAUCGGCCGGUCCAGAACAGAAUCGCAGACGGAUGGACGAUGAGACCAGCAACAUCAUCCACAAUUCGUCGUCCGGCCGAUCGACACCGCGGCUCGCGCCACCGAAGAAAGAAUCCAGUGGAAUCGCCGUUCGAACGAAUCGAUUUGGAUACCGGCAGUCCCAGCCGAAGUUCACGAACAAAGUCAGCGACAUUUGCAGCAGUCACAGCGUGAGCCAUUACAAUCAGGAGAAACUGCAACAAUGCCAGCAGCAAGAGGCUUUCGUCAAGCAGCAGUCGCACAGGGUGGCGCAGGUUCCGAGCGUGGCGCAACCGAUAAAAGUGAAAUCGUCGCCGGUACACAAUACCGUUUCGUACAAUAAUGCCAAUGCCACGCAUAUGGAUGCGAACCGCAGGGUAUCAGGCAUUCCAGAGCCAAUCGGCAGGUAUACUCUGCACGCGAGUCACCUGCCUCUACCUCAGUACGCCGUAAGAAUGACCGAUGCGAACUCGAAGAUCGCGAAAACCGCGGCGAAUCAAAGCAGAAAAGUGUCCGCGGCGUCAAAGAGCUCGACCAGCUCGAAGGAGGGCUCGAGCACCGAGGAUUCCGGUAUCGGAAGUCAGCAAGGUUGCGUCGGUGAUAGCGAUUUGAGGGGCGUGGAUUAUACGGAUGGAUCGUUAACGAGAAGGCGCGGCAUAGGUAGACCGAGGAACUUGAGGAUGGUCGUAAACGGGAAAAGUUUCGACGUGAGGGAUGUUAGAGACGACGACAGUACGGUUACCGAGAUAUCUGUUACACCUUUGCCAAAAACCUUCACCACAGCCAACACCGGGCUGGUACGCGAGAGAGCCACGCAGUAUCAAAGGAUCGUGAAUAAGGACAAUAGGUACACCGAGUCUACGACCUCCAUGUCUACCACCUCCUCGGAGGGCUACGACGAAGGAUUAGGCGAGGAGAAAGUUUACAAAGACAGAUCACAUUCCGAGAAGAUUCCUUCUAUUAAGUCAGACUUCAGCCCGCCGAGUUCCGAUGAUCCUGAAUACGGCCACGGCGAAGCUAUGGCUGACGAGUACUCGUUAAGCUCGAGCGACGAGUGUCAACGCUCCAGCUCCGUGCAACACAUGCAAAGUUCGUCGAGCAUGUCCAAGUCUGGAACACUCCCAAAAUCUACUCUGCGCUCUGUACUUCUUACCAUCGAAGAUCCCGCGUUCGCCGCUGCCGCGGCUACCUCGACCACCCUGAUAGACGACGAGACCUCGCCCGUCGAUAGUCUUUUCGACAGUCUUACAGCCAGUAUUACUCAGUCGGAUACAAAAGCUCCGAAGAAGGAACACGCGAUGGAACAAUCUGGGACUGGCAUAGACGACGAUAGCCCUGGCACGCCGACGAACGCCUCGAAUUCGCUAAGCUUGUCGGAAGGCAGAGAAUACUUUGACGACGAGAUCGCUGAUCAACCAGGGCUUGUUUUCGACGACAAUUCGAGGGCUGGCGCCGAAACGCAAUCCGCUGUGACUAGUCAAGCUGUCACAGAGAACAGUCACACCCUGGUCGAGUCCAGUCCUAAAACAGGCGCAGGACAUGGAAAACAUGCAACUAAUAGUCCUCACCACGUCAAACGAAUAAGUCGAGCUGGCAGUGUCGACACUUUAUCUCCUUGCGAAUCUAUUGCUUCUGAUGAUUUGAUAUUGGAUUAUGAACACAGCGAUGCAAGCUCUUACGAAGAAAAUCAACAUCGAGUGGAGACGAGCAAGCCGUUGCAAGAUAUGGAUAAUGCUACAAUCCUGUCCGAAUUGGAAGCCCAAGGUGAGGAAGUGAUGAGGCAGUGGAGUUCUUUAUUGAGUACAUGUCAAUCGCUACAGCAGACUAAUGAUUCCAACACGAUUAACAACAACGUGAGUGAUGGAUCGGCCAAUAAUAAUAAUCAGCCAGCCAACGAAAUA